AUGUUCAAGGUCACACUUCAAGGUCACUCGUCGCACUUCAAGGUCACUCGAAAACUCAAGGUCACACUUCAAGGUCACUCGGAAAUUCAAUUUCACGUUUCAAGGUCACACUUUGAGGUCACGUUUCAAGGUUGGCACCGAAGGUCAGCUGUCAAGGUCGUUUGGCACCGAAGGUCGGCGCUCCCUUCUACAUCUCAAGGUCGUUCACUCCUACAAGGUCACACCCACUCAAGGUAG